GAUCUGUAGAACUUUGUAAGUAUUUUUCUUUUUUAUUAGUCGUUUUAGGUGGGAAGGGAUCAUCUCUUGGUUCAGAGCUUCAUGGGAUCAGCAGAAGAUGUAUGGUUAAAGGGAUCACCGGAGAAGCUGAUCUAAUAUGCUUCGUUAUCAAUUACACCAACCUACAACGUAUCUGGGAGACUGUGGAUGAUGUGCAGGCACGAUAUGCAAAAUGUGGAAGAUAAAUUCUCGAGGGUGCAAUUCCAUUGUCAAUUGUGGUUUUCCUUGAUACCAAGGUACGUCUUCUUGUUUUAAUUAUGCUUUUUUUUUCCUUACAUUAAAUGAGUAGUCAUAAAAUAAGAUAAGAGAUAGUCAUACUUUUACGAUAAUUUAUCUUCCCUUUCUUCAAAUGUAUGAACUUGAUAUCACCCAUUUAGAGUCUAAAGUUUUAAACCACUAAAAACGUCUUUAGAAGUUUAAUUAUGUAUCAACUUAACGAAUUAAAUUAAUGAAAUGGCA